AUGAGUCAGGAUCCAAUCGACCUCGAUGCGUUUCUCCUAGAAAAUUCUGAUUUUGAGGAAGAAUCAAAUACCAACGAGGGUUUUGACGGAAGGGACAACAACAUAAAGCCAGGAAAUGUAGGGGCUCGAGAUAAGGGGUCAGCACUAUUUAGGAAACGGAAAACAAACUUUGGUAAUGCAAAAAGCAAAAUUCAUAGUGUUUUGCGAAGUAAUAUCAGGAAUUUUGAAAUCAAAGAUGAUGGCUUGGAUGAAUAUGCUCCAGAUUCGAACGCAAAUCAAAAAAAUGAGGAGCGUUCAGGAGAAUAUAUGUCGAGUGUAAAUAAUGUACACGAAUCAAAAAAUGUGAAGUCUAAUAUAGGUGACAGUCAUAAGCAAGUAAACAUAACAAAAAUGGAUAAGGAAAGUUCCGUAAAGCAUCCGCUGGCUUUUACAUCGGAAGGAAAAGGUGGCUACUCUUUGAAAGAAUCGAUACCAAAGGUACUAGAACCCGCUCUCAUCAAGGCGUUGAAAGAUAGACGAAAUAGAUCUGAGAUAAAUCAAUAUAUAAGAGAACAUGAUCAAAAUGAUAAUGACAAAACAAACUUUAUUUCAUUAAAGGCGAACAAUUCAGACGAUCUAGACAAUGGAUAUCUGGAAGUUGAUACAGAUGACAGAUACAGUGAUGGAAGAUUAGCAUUAUCCAAGGAUGAAGAGCGGGUUCAAAAAUUGCUUAAAAGACGGGAAAUAGAAGAAGCGCUCUCGGAUGUCCAGGAGGAAAUUAGUGAAAACGAAGGUACGAAAAGCAAUCAUUUCAAUGAUCUGGGAAAUACCGAAGAUGCAGAUUUUGAAGAAAUAUAUAGAAACAUUGCACCUCAAAAUUUACAUAAAAUUGAGCACUCAUCAAUGGAUAUAUUAAAAACGAAGUAUCCUAGGCCGAAACUAAGAGAAAUAAAACCUUUGGAUGAAAAGUUGAAUUUUAUGAAAAAGCAAACGGAACUCAACAUGACAUUAGUGGAAAAAAACAGACAAGAAGGACAACAGGCAGAAUUAUUACUUGGUGAAGUGAUUACUGAAAAAGACACAUUGUUAAAAAGAGUGAGUCAAAGCAAAUAG